UGUGGAGUAGUGGUUAGGGCUCUGGACUCUUGACCGGAGGGUCGUGGGUUCAAUCCCAGGUGGGGGGACACUGCUGCUGUACCCUUGAGCAAGGUACUUUACCUAGAUUGCUCCAGCAAAAACCCAACUGUAUAAAUGGGUAAUUGUAUGUAAAAAUAAUGUGAUAUAUUGUAACAAUUGUAAGUCUGCUAAGAAAUAAAUAAAUAAUGCUAUUAUAACAAAAUACAGUACUGGGCACUGUAAAAUACAAGCUAUUCACCCCGCAAUGAAGGUCUGAGCCGCCGGAUUGCCCGAUGACCUCUCGGGUGUAUAUCAACUUGUAUCACUGACAGAACCCUAUAUUUUGUAUCGUAUAUAUUAUGCUCAUAUAUGUUUAUAUCUUAACAAAUGCCUUUAUGUUCCUACAAAAUGUCUACUAGCUGAGGUACCACUUUUUUAUCAAAAUGUAGGAAUACAGGCUUUGGUGCGUCACAUUUUAUUGGUCAACAGAAGGUACAUGGUUAAAUGUUCAUUCGCCCAGAGAGGGAGAAAUCUGCACAGCAACAAGCGCCAUCAUUGCGCUCCAUUGUGCGUUACAAGCAGCUGAAUAUGGAACUCCUAGAAGAAGACCUUACUUGUCCUGUUUGCUGCUGUUUAUUUGAGGACCCACGGGUUCUACCUUGUUCUCACAGUUUUUGCAAGAAAUGUCUGGAAGGUAUUCUUGAAGGAAACAGCAACAGGAGCUGGAGACCACCGUUUAAAUGCCCCACCUGUCGUAAAGAAACAACGACUACAGGAAUAAACAGCUUACAAAUCAAUUACUCGUUGAGGGGCAUUGUGGAAAAGUACAACAAAAUCAAACUCACACCAAAAAUGUCAAUUUGUAGAACACACAGCGGACAGCCACUGAAUAUAUUCUGUUCCUCCGAUCUCAAACUAAUUUGUGGGUUUUGCGCUACAAUGGGGGAUCACAAGGGACAUACGUUUUGUGCGAUGGAACACGCAUACCAGCAAGAGAAGGCGGCUUUCGAGGAACUUUUUCUGGGAUUUGAAAAGUGGCGCAACGCGGAUGUGGUGUCUUGCUUGAAUACAUUGGAGGACAGCAAGAGAAAGGCACUGCAACUGGUAUCCAAGGAUGGGGAAAAUGUAACAGAAUAUUUCGAUAAAUUAAUCCACACGCUGGAGCAAAAGAAGAACGAAAUACUGUCCGAUUUUGAAACCCUGAAGCUAGUGGUACUGCAGACGUACGAUCCCGAAAUAAAGAAACUGAGCAUGGUCCUUGAAGAGCAGAAAAGGGCGCUGAGAAUCGCAGAGUCUUUCAAGGACGUGUCUGAUCCGCUCAUGUUUCUGCAGCAGAUGCAAGAAUUUCGGGAGAAAUUGAGAAUCAUUCGAGAGAUUUCCCUGCCUUCUCGCCCAUGUAUGGAUGUCAGUCCUAUAAUUCAAAACUUUGAUACAAAGAAGUGGGACUCUGUAAAACUAAAGGAUGUCGAUAAGAUUCUCACCCCCCACGAAAACUGCACAUCUCCCUUUACAAAACCCAAGUACUCACGGGUUCUCGUGGGGGUUACAGUUUCCCUGUGCCUCUUAACAUUAGCAUUGUAUAUUCAGGAUUCACUGAGUCUCUCAUUUCUGUUAAACCAAAUGUCAGCGGUUGGCAGUUCAUGUUUACCUGCUUCAAUGCAAUCCUCAGACUAUGCUGUGGCAUGCUGGGGCGAGGUUGUAAGCGUUUGUUUGUUUCUCUAUGACAUCUGUCAGAAACAUACACUACUUCUGCUGAAUUAUACUGCAGAAUUUGUUUGCAGUUACAAGUUAUUAUAGAUACCAAUGUACUUUUCUAUACACACACACACUAUACGGUUACAGUUUAUACAUUAUUAAAAUGACAAGAAUUCCUUUUAAUAAAAUAUCAAAUACGAUUUGUUGUCAUAGAUAAAUGUAUGUUGUGUUUGUUUAACGUGACAUAGAAAUGUAUUAAGCUCCUUCUGCAACAGUAUUUGAUAAAGAUGCAUGUUUUUUUUUACAUGCUGUGAUGUUAACACAUGUAUAUCCAAAUCAAAUUCAAAUAAUGUAUCUUUUUCAGAAACCUGUAUAAUUAUAGGGUGAAAAACGUGUUUUAAUUCAUUUCAUUCAGGUUUGCAUCAUGUCUAAGCACUAGGUGUUUAUUUACCUUGAUUUAAUAUUGAUAGUCUAGGCCCUUAUACAUUUAUCAGCUUGUUUUUGUUUUCACCCAAGCUAAAUUAUAGAGAAUCAGUAUAGACAACUUGUUGUAUUGCCAGUGUUCUCGCUCUCCUCACUUUCCAUUCAGCACAUUGAGUCUGGAUCAAUGGCAUUUGAAUACGUGCUAGAAAUAAAUGCAAAACUGAUUCUCACAUUUGUAAUGUAUUCAUCGGGGAUUGGUUUAAAGAGAAUAUUAUAUUCUAUUGUUGGUAUUAAAUACAUACAUGAAAUAAUGUCCAGUUGUUAGUUCUGUUUAUUUACAUUGCUCAAAUAUAGCGUUCUUUCUAUUAUCGCAAACCCCUAGCAGUGUUUAUUGGUUUCUUUUAUUGGUGAAACGUGUGGAUAUUUUAACAUUUAGCAAACUACCAUAUUGAAAGUGUUUUUUCUUUAGAAUCAUUAAAUCUAGCAACACAAAGACACAUAUUCUUCAGUAAAGGCUGUAAAAUGUACGUAUUUUAUAUAUACCGUAUUCACAAUGUUGCCUAAAUAUAUAGGGGCCUACAUGCUAUAAUUUACAAAGACUGCAUGUCCAAUUUGUGGUUUUAUGCAUUGGUCAUUUGCAAAAAAUGCUUCAUCGGUUAGUUUCAGAAGAAUAAUCAUUGUAAUCUAGAAUUCAACAACACGUUGUGUAAGUAAACAAAGCGCAAAUGUAUUUUUUAAAUAGCAAAAUGUGUCAUUUGUAAACUGCAGUUUAGUAGUUACUAGAAAUUUUAAAAAAAGUCCAAUAAAAACGAACAUCUGCAAUGCAUAAGGAGAUACACUUAUAUUACAUAAAAAAGUAAUGGUUGAAUGUCCUUGCAUGGAUGCGUAUUAAUUUGCACUGUACAAUCAAAACCGUAAAAUACACAGAAAUAAAAUUAAUACUAUCAUUAUUUGGUCUAUUAAAUACCAAAACCAUAACAAAUAUAUUCUUACAAUUCAUAUAUUGUUACUGUAACAAAUACAUUAUUUACACUAACUUUGUGUGCGAGACCCUAUUAUACUUAUAUGCGUAUUUUUACUUAAGAAUUUAGGACCUAUGAGGUAGAUUUAUCGGCAGUAUCUAGUCAUUCAAAAAACAGGUUACAGGUCAGUCGAGUUGUUAACGCUAUUUUUUUACAUUAUGUCAUGCAUUUAAUUACAGAUCAAAUAGGUUAAUCUAAAUUCACCCUAAACCAAUCUGAGCGAAUCAACACUAACAUGUUUGGAAAACCUUUCAAGUUGCUAUCAGAGGCUUCAUAGCAACGUAACUAGACUGCUUGUUUGCAUUUCGUUGCCAGGAAAUACGAAGCAAACCGAAGUCGAUUGUACACUACGAUUUCGUCGGCUGUUUAUGUACACUUUAACACUAGAGCAGGAUUUGGGGGUCUGAGGUCUUCGAAGGUCACUUCAAUAAAAAUGACUAUCGGCAAUAAAGAAGUUGUCACAUUAAAUUUUGGGGGGCAGAAAUUUACAACCUUAGUGUCAACACUGAGAAGAUUUUCCGAUUUUAAACCAGCACGCAUGUUAUUAUUAUUAUUAUUAUUAUUAUUUGUUUAUUUAGCAGACGCCUUUAGCCAAGGCGACUUACAGAGACUAGGGUGUGUGAACUAUGCCUCAGCUGCAGAGUCACUUACAACUACGUCUCACCCGAAAGACGGAGCACAAGGAGGUUAAGUGACUCGCUCAGGGUCACACAAUGAGUCAGUGGAUGAGCUGGGAUUUGAACCGGGGACCUCCUGGUUACAAGCACUUUUCUUUAACCACUGGACCACACAGCCUCCUUGUUGGAUGGAAGUGACCCAGAAUUCAGAGUAGUGAAUGGUCAGUUUUUCGUGGACAGAGAUGGGAGUUUAUUUAAGUAUAUCCUGGACUACCUAAGGACUCCCCUGGUCUCCCCGCCUCCCGAUUUCUUUGAUUACGAAGGUUUGACACGUGAAGCUGAGUUCUAUGAAAUACGUUUACUGGUAGAUGACCUAAGCAGACAGUAUUCGACAAAGGCUGGAGAUCCUGGAGGUUUGAUUUUCUCUUCAAGAGACUCACACGUUCUUCAGAAUCUUCUGUUCACACAGCAGCAUCAUCGAGAUGCUAGCUGCGAGGAUAUGUGUGUUUGCAGAACAGGCAUUGACGAACUGGAAUUAUGCAUACCAACCUCAAAAACCAAUGGCUCCCGUGCCACUGCAGAGAUGUUCACACCACGACCUUAUGUUCCAAUGUGGCACAAACUACUCACGGUAUGUGACGAUUCAACCAGACAGGAAACUCAUUAAUGGCACCACUGUACUGGGCUCACUAGUAGAUAUACUACUAAAAGAAGGAUUCCGCCUCAUAGGCACACGAACGGUUUCUUCAGAAGAAAAGGUGGAGUCUUACACAUUUGAAAGAAUCAAAAGGCCACAGACCCUGACCAUUAACGAUGGGCUCAGAACAGGACAUGCUAAUCAUCAAACAAAACUCUAAGAAAAUGAAGACAACACAAUCAGCUUCAAAAAGCACUUUAUUUGUGGUAAUUCUACCCUGAAGGUGGCGACACAUUGGUACCCUAAAAAAUAUAGCUAAAAUGCAGUUUCUGUAAUUGUACAUAAAUAAGGGUCCAUUAUUUUGUCUAUGUAAUGUUGUGUUUUAUUUAUGGUCACCAUCUGAACAUUCAGUAUCGUGAUUUAUAAUUAUAAAUGUACAGGAAAACACAGAAAACAAUUAAGACAUCCUUCAAAAGACCACUGAGAAAACAGUAUGCUGUCCUAAGUAAUGUCAGGCACAAUUUAUGUUUUGAUCAAGUUACUUAAAAAAAAAAAAAAAAAAAAAAAAAAAAAAAAAAAGACAGUUUA